UAAAGCGAAAUGUUUCGUUUUCUACGUAAAAAUAAAGAAAUAUUAAUUAAACCAUCAUAAUGUGAUGCAGUGAAUUAAUCAUAAGAGGUGUUGUGAGGAUUCUUCAGAGUCAAAUAUAAGCUUUGACGUGUUUUGUUCAAUGCAACCAGUAUUAACUUAUUUCAGUUCAUACUUAAGUAUAUUUUAUUAGUUCAAUGAUGUCGUUGAACGAAAAAAAUACUAUUUUGAUACAAAUAAACCGACUAUUUUUCUGUCCCAGUACCGUGAACGUCAAGUAAAACCGACCCCAUCAAUAAAUCUCACUUUACAUUUAACAACAGCAUAUCUCGAACGAUAUAGCUAUGGAUACUAAAAAAAUACUCAUAAUUGAGCCUUUUUAUGGAGGAUCACACAAGAAACUCAUUGACAUCAUUUGUUCAAAUCUACCUGAAAACUUUUAUUUGUUGAUCACAAUGAAAGCUAAGAAAUGGCACUGGAGAGCCAGAGCCUCGGCUCUGUACGUAUCAACACAAAUACCGCACGAUCACAGCUUUGAGAUAUUGUUCUGCACAUCGGUGCUGCCUCUAGCAGAGCUCUUAGGCCUCCGACCGGACCUCAUAAGGUUAAAGAAGCUGGUUUAUUUCCAUGAGAACCAGCUGGAAUUCCCGGUGCGAAUUACCAAGGAGAGGGACUUCCAAUAUGGAUAUAAUGAGAUACUAACCUGUAUUGUUGCAGAUAAAGUUCUAUUUAAUUCUUACUACAACCAAGACUCGUUUUUAUCACAUAUCAACGGUCAUCUCAACCUGCAGCCGGACUAUAGACUCAAAGAUUUAGACCAAACUAUAAGGCCAAAAUGCACGGUCAUAUACUAUCCUCUAGAUCUGUACACAAUAGACUAUCAUCUUUCUUCACGGGACGCAAUCUGUUCUUCAGCUGGUGAAGAAACAAGUGAUGAACUUCACAUAGUGUGGCCACACCGAUGGGAGUUUGAUAAAAACCCUGAAGCAUUUUAUAAAUGUUUGUGUAAAAUGGAUGAAAGCGGCCACAUGUUCAAGGUGAGCAUUCUGGGCGAGACUUUCGGUAAGAAGAUGGAGGUGUUUAACGACCUACACGAGAGGCUGACCACAAAGCUGGUGAACCUUGGAUAUGUAAGCAGCCCAGCCAAGUACUACGGGAUUCUCAAAACUGCUGAUGUGGUUGUCUCCACUGCCAUACAUGAGUUCUUUGGAGUUGCUGUACUUGAAGCAGUGUAUUGUGGCUGCGUACCUGUGGUUCCCAAUCGUUUAGCAUACACUGAGCUUUAUGGAGGGAGAGUGGAGGAAAUAUACGAGACAGAAGAAGAACUGUACGACAUACUAGUCAAUUUAUGCAAGCGGAAAAAAAAUGAUGAUCUCAAUAAAGACUAUCGCUACUUAGCACUGCCUUACGACGCCAAGAAAUGGUUCGAUAAAAUGUAUGAAGUUUUUAAUUCUUAGGUAUGUAUACUCGCCCUGAUAGAUUUAGUACGGUCACGAGCAAUAUGUAUAUGUAUAUAUAUCGUGGCCAGAUCUUAAAAUUGAUCAUUUCAUGAUGUGUUCAACCAUUUCAUGAAAUGAAACGUCAACGUUUAAUGAUAUUUUAAUCUACGUUUGGCCAUAUCGUUAAUGCAGGCGGUGUUCAUGUACUUAAUAAAAAUGCGAAUAGUCGAUUAAUUUCUUAGAUUCAAAAUUAUUUGCCUAAUCGAUAUGGAAAAUUGUACGAUUAAAUUGAUUAAUCGAUUAUAAUAUCAAUCAAGCUUUGAAUAUAAUCGACACCAGCGCCACUACCGGUGGAUAUUGUUACUAAUUUUACGAUAUGAUUGCCAACGUUUGGCCAUAUCAUGAAGUAAUCAUGCAUUUAGUUGCUCAUAUCGUUAAACGUUUUGUGUUCAUUGAUCUGCCUAAACCAUAUCAUGAUGUGGCCAACGAAUGAUAUUCUAUUUUAUUUCAUGAAAUUGUCGAGCACAUCAUGAAAUGAUCAAUUCUAUGAUCUGGCCAUCACUUUAGUACCAUAUGUCAUAUUAACGUUUUUGACAAAUUACACUGUAACUCUCACUAAAUGUAACACGAUAGUGUGCAACAUGUUGUGACCUUAUCUUAUGUUAUGUUAUUUUGUUAACAUGUGUUUCAGUAGACAUAAUUUUGUUUACAUGUGAUUUCAGUAUUAUACUUAAAUUAUUAUAAAAAUUUUGUCAACCCUUAGCUGUAUUAGCUGUGAUAGAUUUGUUAAGUUUUAGUCGUGUCGUGUUAAGUUUUUUAUUGUCAAGUUUAUACAAACUUAUCAUCAGAGGCCACAUUGAAGCAGCUAAUCUUAAAAUACAAUGGCGCAAAUUCCUGUAGACACCAUUUAAUUUUAUUUUAAGUUAUACCUGUCAUUUUCUUAUCCGCCGAAAAGGAAACGGACGGGUGAUCGACAGGCAUAAAAAUUAUGGAACACACGUCAAUUUUAAGAAAUUUAAAAAGUCCCUCCCUAAAUUUUAUAUUGGCUGAUAACCCGACAGAACUAAGUUGACAGCACACGUCAAACGUGUUGCAUACAAGCGAGAUGCCUAUUCUAGCCGCCAUGGUUGUUCAUUCGUUUUAAAAUUACCAAUUGUCAAUCAUUCGGCGGAUAAGAAAAUGACGGGUAUAACUUAAAAUAAAAUUAGGAUGGACCUGCAGGAAUUGACAACAUUUCAUUUUUACUAAGGUGCCUUAAAUCGAAAACCAUUUCGAGAUAUUUCUAUGAGUUACACAAAACACAUUUUUUCAGAUUUUUUAAUUCAGUAAUAAUAGAAAUAUAUUGAAAAAUCCACGAGGUCAGAAGAGGAAGGCAUAAUAAGUUCAGACCUUUACAUAAAAAUUAUAAAAAAAGUAAAUGUCAUACAUAACAUGACACUUUGUUUGCGACUUGUUUUAAAUACGCAUGCAAAGGUACAUUACAUUAUACUACCUUCAUUCUAUCAAUGGCAGAAUCCAAUUUUCAAAAAAUAUUUUUUGUAACUUCUAGUGGAAAAAUCUUGAAAAGAAAAAAUACGUGUCUUCUAUUUAAACAAGUACUUUCGAAAUAGCACAAAAAAACCACGGCUUAAAAAUUUGAAAUGUUGUCAAUUGGGAUCAAUACUGCUAUUUGACAUAAAUAUGUUGACAUUGCGCGCUUACUUUUACUGCGCAAAUGUCAAAUUGCGAUAUUGUUUUUUAUAUGAAUUGCUUCAAUGUGGCAUUUUUAGACCCCAAGGUCACUGUUCUUGUUUCUACUUACUUGUAGUAUUAUUUCAUUUAGGUAUGAUAUAUGUUUUUACUAUUGUGUGAAUGUUAUACACUAUUACGUAGUCAGUAGUUAUACGCGUGUGUUCUUUUGAAAUACAGCAAUAUUGAUAUUGUCCAAUGAGGAUAAAAACUAGAAGCUCAAAUGUAGGCGGCAGCACUGUUGAGUGUGCCUAAACUUUGACAGUUCUCCAUACUGUUCAGAUAAAAUUCGUGGUAAAUUGCUAUUAAAUGUGGAGCAAAGUGGAGUGUAUCCCGUCUGAAGGAUGAGUUAUGAUUAUAUUAUAUUACAAAAAAAAAGCAACCAUCAGUUGGAAAAUUUAAAAUGUUUUUCUAAGUCUUCUUCUUUCCCGAUCUUUAUUUUGCAGUUAAACGCUGCGCAAAGGAUUGUAGCGUAAAAAUAUAACCAAAACAAUAUGUUUGUUUCAUCAUCAUCUGACAAUGAAUGGGCUGAUGCCCAUUAACGUCCCCACUGCUGGGGCACGGGCCUUCCCUAUGGAUGGAUAGCGAGAUCGGGCCUUAAACCAUCACGCGGGCCCAGUGCGGAUUGAUGGUUAUUAACGACUGCUAAUGCAGCUGGGCCCAACGGCUUAACGUGCCUUCCGAAGCACGGAGGAGCUCGAGAUGAAAACUUUUUUUUGUGGUCACCCAUCCAAUGACCGGCCUUUGCGAAAGUAGCUUUACUUCAACAAUCGCAGACCGAGCGCGUUAACCGCUGCGCCACCGAGCUCCUCAAUGUUUGUUUACUCAAAGGAACUGUACAAAUUUAAGAACACUCAACAGUAGCGACACCUGAUGGGGGAACUAAGUAGUUUUUGUCCUCGUUCUGGUUCCUAUCUUGUCUGUAGGUGUUAUAGUGAGAUUUUAAUUUAGGUUAUUUAAUUAAGCAUACAAGGUGCUUAUUCCAUUACACGCCAUCUAAGUUUAUUUUAAGUUAUACCUGUCAUUUUCUCAUCAGCCGAAAGAGAAAGGGACGGGUAAUCGACAGGCAUGAAAUUUAUGAUACACACUUCAAAUGGAUUACAUAUGAGAGAGAUGGAUAUUUAAUUCGCCCGGGUUAUUCAUUCAUUCACUCAUUCAUCUUAAAAUUAACAGUUAGUUGUUAAUCAUCCGUCCCUUUUCUUUUCAGCGGAUAAGAAAAUGACGGGUAUGGCUUAAAAUAAAAUUAAGUAGGUGUCUGCAGGAAUCGGGGCCAAUAUUCUUGUCGUCUAAUACGAGGCAAAAAUGUUGAGGUAUUGGGCAAAAAGACAACCUAGUCAAAUGAGAUACUUUAUACAAAGCAAUACGUUUCUUCGGAACUUGUAUAGAAAUACACACGUAUGAAUGACGUCAUCAAUAAACGUGGUCAAACGUCGUACUCUUUGUUAUGUAAUUCUUAAUUAAAAUGUGUUAAAUCAAAACGAAUGAGGUUUAUUUUUAGUCAUCUUAGACUGGCUUCUAUUUCUAGAUUAGCGAUUUGUAAUGUAUUUUUCACGCAGUCAUCUAGCCUUUGUAUAAGACACAUUGAUUCUGCACUUUAGGUACCUAAAAGUAUUGUGGUAUUAUACCUAAAGUAGGGCCAGUUAAAGAGAUCCCAUUUAACAGCGUCAGACUUAUAAUAAAUGGGAGCCAGCAUGGAAAAUUUAACCUUAUAACAAUGACGUUAAGGAAAUAUCAAAUGUGUAGUUAGGUACAUUUUUUAGGUGUAGGCUUCGAUCAUGUAUUGGUAAAGCCGUGCUUCUACUUAGCAACAUUUGUUGUUGUUGAUGUUGAGAGUUAGCUCGGAACUUUUUUAACAACGUUGUCUGUCUACGCAUCUAAUACACGUCCGUCGUCGAUAACAUGUCGCCAGAGGAGCUUGUGUUGUUGCGCGUUAAGUCUCCACAGCAAACAACAAGCCGAGCAACAUGUUCCGCUUCAGCUGGCAACGUCGCGCGCUGUUGUGCACCGUUGUCGUACAUGUUUAACGUCACGUGUUGCGCGUCAGUUGUUGCCUAGUGGAUGUCGCCUGAAAACUUGCAGCGUCAAAUCGAGGCGUUAUAAUGGCGAUGCGCCUCGUUUUUUUCUUAAGUAUUCGCGCGCAAAUUCCAUAGUUAUGUCAGCCACUUUAUGUUUGCGACACAUUAGGACAUUUUCAAAAUAUUUGGAGUGACCUACAUUCGAAUAGACGCGGGGAUUUUGUUUGUAUGGAACAGUGCAUCAACCAAUAUAUGAUCGGAAGGUGUAGGGGAACAUUUUGGGAAAGGGACAUUAUGGACCUCAACGUAUUGUAGGCGGUUAGAGUGUUGAGUAAAGAGUUAAGGACUAUAGUACAUUAUUGUGUUCUCUGUUAUUUGAACAACAUUAUAUUGUUUAAAUUCUUGUUUCAAAAGUCGUUGGCGCUAAUUCCUGUACACACCACUUAAUUUUAUUUUAAGUUAUUCCUGUCAUUUUCUUAUCAGCUGAAAAAAAGGGACGGGUAAUCGACAGCUAUAAAAUUUUUGGAACACACGUCAGUUUAGGCAGAAAUCAAAUCGUCUAAAAUUUUUACAUCUGCUAAUAAACUGACAGAAAGUUGACAGCACACGUCAAACGGGUUGCAUACCAGCGAGAUACCUAUUUUAUUCGCCAAGGUUAUUCAUUCACUCUAUCAUUCAUUUCAAAAUUAACAGAUGUCAAUCAUCCGUCCUUUUUCGGCAGAUAAGAAAAUGAUAGGUAUAUAACUUAAAAUAAAAUUAGAUGGUGCGUACUGGAGUCAGCACCACUCUUUACUUAAUAUACAUUAUUACUAUAAUAUGUUAUUAUAUUGUUAAUUCUAUUUACCACAUCGUUACGUUUGUGAAUCCGAAUAAUUGGUGCCAAAGAAUAAAACUGUUUUCGUGAUAA